GAGCCCCGCGAGCUCACUCGGAUUCCCUCCAGUUCAAUGAGAGCGGGAAGCCGCGCCCCUCUUCUCCCACCGCCGCUGUCAUUGGCUUCUCGGCAGCCUGUGGCUCCGCCCCGCAGCCCCGGGGGCUACAAAAGCCGCUUCUCGGGUGCCGAGGCCCCACUCGCGGCGGUGGGUUCGUUCCGCGUCGUCUUGUCUGCUGGCGCCUUUCCUGGUGGUGCGUCCCGCGUCGUGUGCUCUCCAGCCAUGAAGGUGGUUCCCGCCGCCACCCCCGCGAUGUCCCCCGGCCCCAGCUGCGCUCUGAAGGGCGUGCGCCUGGGCGCGGGCGGCGCGGGCGAGCCGCUGCCGCGGUGUCUCUCGGAGCAGAGCGUCUCGCUGUCCCGCGCGGGCGGUCCUCCGCCGCGGGGCUCGCCGCUGGGCCCGGAGCAAGCGGCGGCCGCCGCCUCGCUGCUUAUGGACAUGAAGGGGUGCUACUCGCGCCUGGCCGCGCUGGUCCCCACCCUGCCUCGCCAUCGCCGCGUCUCCAAGGUGGAGAUCCUGCAGCACGUGAUCGACUACAUUUGGGACCUCCAGCUCGAGCUGCAGGACCCGCUGGUUACCGGGGCGCCCCCUCCGCGGGGCGGGACGAGCCGGCCGGAGCCGAGCCUGCUUGCGUUAAUGCUGAUGACCGAAUCUUGUGCCGUUGAAGACCAGUUUAAGCCUGCAGAAGAUCCCUGGAAAGAGGAUGAUAUCGGUACCCCUCCAAUGGCAGGGGAAGUGGGGUGCUUCCGUGGAGAAGUGGGGGCUCUGUCCCCCCAUUCCCGUUUCCGGAGACACGGGCUGGACAGCAGACUGAAACUUGGUUGUUCUGGAGGCUGCAACACAAUGGGAACCCUUGUGCAUCACCGUAGGCCAUGGUGCUUAAUCCCCGAAGGGACCAACUCUACAAGAAUUGGACUCCAGAGCGGCACCAUCCAGGGGUUUAACGUUUCAAUGGGGCAAUGCUUUUUGUUUUCUUAAAAAAGCAGGAUCUGAAACCUUUCCCAAGUAUUUCUCAGAUUUCUGAGAAUCCCUGUAUUGUAUAUUACAAUGCUCUAUUUCUGAGAAUAUUUUUUCUACGAUAGUUUGCUGUUUGUUAGUGAACAAAUGCAUAUAGCUGUG